AUGUCCGUUGUGCUGGAUGUCACCUUCCAGACCCAUCACGGCCCGCCUAUCCACCAUGUGCUCAAGCUCUACGACCGUCGAUUUGGCUCAUGCCUGCGAGAAGUUGACGGGGACAGGGUCGCGCCGCACACACAGGAAAACGAAGCAGCGUUCGAGGCCUUUGUCAGGCGGGGCAUGAUGCCCGGGUUCCUCCGCCAUCGACAUGAAAGAAACGACCCCGAGGAGAGCUCUUCUGUCGGCCACCAAGCCCGCGACCAUCAUGCCACCGGAAGCAGCGCCCUACUUUGA